GCGGCCGGCCACACUGUAAGAAGAGUCCAGAGCCUCUGGACAUUGCUAGAAGCCCUGGGCUUCUGUGACCUGAUUCGUUCCAGCUCUGUUGCCCCUCCCAGCUCCGCGGGCCCUCCCCCCUCAUUAAAGUCCCUGCAGAAGUGCCCAGGUCUGAGUUGCUCCACAGGAAGCCAGACACCAGCACAGGAAAAGGAUUUCAGCCUGUGAACACUAGAACUAUACAAUAAGGACAAGUUCUCUGCCUUCAAGGUGUGGGCAAGAUGGAAAGCAACAUCUCCAUCCCUCUGAAUGGAUCUGAAGAAAUGCUCUAUGAGUCUGCCGGCUACACUGCUCUGCGGAUCCUCCCGCUGAUUGUACUUGGGGUCACCUUUGUCCUGGGCAUCCUGGGCAAUGGGCUUGUGAUCUGGGUGGCGGGGUUCCGGAUGGCACACACAGUCACCACCAUCUGCUACCUGAACCUGGCCUUGGCUGACUUCUCUUUCACUGCUACCCUACCAUUCCUCAUCGUCUCAAUGGCCAUGGGAGAAAAAUGGCCUUUUGGCUUGUUCCUGUGCAAGCUGGUUCACAUUGUGGUGGACAUAAACUUGUUUGGCAGCGUCUUCCUGAUAGCGUUCAUUGCCCUCGACCGCUGCAUCUGUGUGUUGCACCCAAUCUGGGCUCAGAAUCACCGCACUGUAAACCUAGCCAGGAAGAUGAUCGCUGGACCCUGGAUUCUUGCCCUAAUCCUGACCUUGCCAAUCUUCAUGUUCUUGACCACAGUUGAGGAUGAGAAAGGGAACACAUACUGCACUUUCAAUUUUAAGUCCUGGGGUGACACCUUUGAAAAGAGAGUGACGGUGGCCACCACCAUACUGACGGUCAGAGGUAUCAUCCGCUUUGUUAUCGGUUUCAGUAUGCCAAUGUCCAUCGUCGCUAUCUGCUACGGGCUCAUUGCUGCAAGGAUGCACAAAAAAGGCAUGAUUAAAUCCAGCCGUCCCUUACGGGUCCUCACUGCUGUGGUGGCUUCCUUCUUCAUCUGCUGGUUCCCCUUUCAACUGAUCGCCCUUCUGAGCACGGUCUGGCUCAAAGAGAUGCUGUUUGCUGGAAAGUACCAGAUCCUCAACGUCCUGGUUAACCCAACCAGCUCCCUGGCCUUCUUCAACAGCUGCCUCAACCCCAUGCUCUACGUCUUCGUGGGCCAGGACUUCCGAGAGCGGCUCAUCCACUCCCUGCCCGCCAGUCUGGAGAGGGCCCUGAGUGAGGACCCGGCCCCAGCAAAUGACACAGCUGCCAACUCCACCUCACCUUCUACUGAGGCUGAGUUACAGGUGCUGUGAGGAAGGGGGCUCAGGCACAUUUUUGAGCUCUGUCUCAUUGCAAGUUGACCCUAGUUCCAGCUUCAUCUUGUCGUGAGUCACCCUGGGUUACUCAGGUGUGAGUGGCUGAAGUGUUGGAGAACGUUGAAAAAUGUCUAGAAAAACCCUUCUGUGCCCCCCUGGUUGGGUGGUCAAAAUGGACGAUGGUGCUACCACUGGUGUCAUUUUUGGGUUUCAGAGCUCAGCUCGGAUCCUGGAUUAAGCAGACAUAAGAGAAAGCAUAAUGGGAUUUCUAUGACUUAGAUAAGAUAGUGUAUAUAAGCAGCAAAAACUGUGUUAGUUAUUAUUUUAUUAUCACCAUUAAGUAAACUAUUCAGGGUUUUGUAGCAAUUUUUAAAGAAAAUCAGACUCUGGAAGUUUUCCUUGAUUCUAUUCUAUUUUUUUUUAAAUCAUGAAUGGAUGUUGGAUUUUGUCAAAUACAUUUGUUUAAGGAUUAUACCAUUUUACUCUUUUUAUGUACAUCAUCAUAAAUUACAAUGACUAGUUUUAGAGUGUUCAAGCACCCUCAUGUUCCUGGAACAAACUACUCAUGGUUGUGAUGUAGUUCACGUGCUUAUAAACUGGUUUUUUUUAUUUAUUUUUUUUAUUUUUUAUUUUUUAUUUUUUUGACAGGCAGAGUGGACAGUGAGAGAGAGAGACAGAGAGAAAGGUCUUCCUUUGCCGUUGGUUCACCCUCCAAUGGCCGCCGUGGCCGGCGCGCUGCGAUCGGCGCACAGCGCUGAUCCGAUGGCAGAAGCCAGGAGCCAGGUGCUUUUCCUGGUCUCCCAUGGGGUGCAGGGCCCAAGCACCUGGGCCAUCCUCCACUGCACUCCCUGGCCACAGCAGAGGGCUGGCCUGGAAGAGGGGCAACCGGGACAGAAUCCGGCGCCCCGACCGGGACUAGAACCCGGAGUGCCGGCGCCGCUAGGCGGAGGAUUAGCCUAGUGAGCCGCGGCGCCGGCCUAUAAACUGGUUUUAAUGGAUUUCUUCAGAGUUUCUGUGUCUACAUAAAAAUGACUCUACUACGUACCUACCUUGAAUGUCAUCGUCAGGUUUUACAUCAAAUUUAUAGUGAUCUCUGAGAAGGGUUUGGGAAGGGAGUUCUCGGAGUCUGCUCUCUGAUGUUACAUCUUAAAUAUUCAUACAAUUCUCUAGUUCAGUCGACUGGAUCUUGGGUUUUCUUUCUGGGAAGGCUUUUAGUUACAACUUUUAUGUGACCUUUCUGUUUUUUUUUUUUUUUCCUCCUCUUUCAGCUUUGGUAAAAAGUAAUUUUAAUGGAAUUUGACCAUUUCACCCAAACCAUCAAAUUUAUUGCGUACAAAACUUGACAUGAUUUCUUUCAGAUAAUGUAUGUGAUCUGAAGGUAGAGACUGUAGUCUGUAUCAUUCACUAUCAUCGAUGUGUAAGGUAGUACCUGCUUACUGAAUAAAUACAUAAACAUGUAUGAUUUAUUGGAUUAGUGAAUCAGUAAAUAACAGUAUCACCUACGUAUCAACUGAAAAGCCUUAAUGGCUAAUUACCUACACCUCCCAUAACAGACCAUGUCCAGCAAAUUCCUAUUCCCCUGCUUAAAUUAUUUAUAAAUUCCAUGUGGAUUACAUUUUCUUAGAGAUUUAUUUAUUGGGGCUGUCAUCCCACCCAUAUGGGUGCUGGUUCGAGUCCCAGCUGCUCCACUUCCGAUCCAGCUCUCUGCUGUGGCCUGGGAAAGCAAUAGAAGAUGGCCCACGUCCUCGGGUCCCUGCACCGGUGUGGGAGUCCCGGAAGAAGCUCCUGGCUCCUGGCUUUGGAUUGACGCAGCUCAGGCCGUUGCAGCCAACUGGGGAGUGAACCAGCGAAUGGAAGACCUCUCUAUCCCUGUAACUCUGACUUUCAAAUAAUAAAUAAACCUCUAUUUUUAAACAUUAUUUUAUUUAUUUGAAAGACUAAUAUCAUUGAAGUUUCCUCCACACCUUUCACUCGGUUCUUUCCAGUACUGGAUACUGGACCACACUUUGUUUAUUCAUUGACUGAAGGGCAUUUCCAUUGCUGCCAGGUUUUGAUAAUUACAAAUACAGCUGCUAUCAACAUCCACGUACAGGUUUUUGCGUGAACAUAGCUUUCAACUCCUUUGGGUAAACAUCAGGAAAC